AUGGCUCCUCCUUUUCAACCUAAAGUGGUGCGGUUUUUGGUUGGCGCCAACUGCUAUGGCAGAGGAUUUUAUGGUCAGUUCUUUUACAACUCCUGGGUGGAAACAUACGACCACCUUUGCGACAGUUACCGAAAGCAGAUGGUGGUGGACGACAAGGUCGCUCUCGUGGAAAUGCUGGAAUUCAAAUACGACGAUACGAGAAGGUAUCUCGCGUUGUUGGACCAAAUUUUCCGCGACAGCGACGCCAUCAUCUUAGCGUUCGAUGUCACCGCGCGGGAGGAGCUUGAUUUGAUCAUGCAAAAUCAUGCAAUAUUCCUUCAAUUUAUGCGUCGUGAAUCUACUCCACGGACCUGUUCGAUCCCUGUGGGACUGAUCGAUAAGGACGCAUCGGAAGAAAUUUGCCAAAAGACGAGUUUGCAGACACCUCUAACAUUUACCUGCUUCCCAAAACUGCCGCCGGAAUUGCAACUCGCCAUCCUUCGUGCAGCCCUGAAAUGCCCUGAUCCUGUCCCGCUCCCCAUGGCCCAUAUCCGGGGGAUAAACUUGAACAUUUUGAAAGUGUGUAAAUUCUUCCACGAAGAAGGGUCUAAAAUCUUCUGGAAGGAAAAUACGUUCAUGCCGCUCAAGCCAAUGACUGUGGUCGCUGAUCUGGCACGGCGGAGAGUACCAAUCCAAUUCCAAUCGCCCAGCCAAAUAAAAAGGAGUCCCACCGCAGGAAUCUGA